AUGCCUGCCAGCGAAUCUACCAUAGAGAAUGAGAAGAGUGACGAUACAACGUUGAAAGUUCCUAAAACCACCCGUGGAACUAGAAAAGCUCCCAUGAAGGCUGGAUCCACUACAGGCGGGUCGACAAGAAGCGCUACUCUGACCCUGGAUGUUGCCUUGCAAGAACUUGAGGAUGAGCAAGCGGCAAAGGAAGAAGCCCUAGAGGAGGAAAUGAUCCUACAGGAGAAGCGGCUUGAAAUGGAACGAGCACUUGCCGAAAAACGGAUGUUGCGAGAACGAUUACUCCAGGAAAAGGCCCGUAAAUUAGAACAGGAACAACGAGAACAGCAGUUGAAAUAUGAAGAAGAAGUUCUACAACGCCGUUACGCCGAAGAACAGGCAUUUCAAGCGAAACGGAAAGCUCUUCAAAAUCAAUACCGGGUUGAGAAGGAAGAAUACGACUUACCAGGAAUCGAAGAUGAAGCAGAAGGUGCCGUCGGCGGGGAACAGUCUGAUCCAGAAGCGUACAAGAAAGUUUUUGAUUGGCUAGAGGAACAGCAAGAAACCGCAAAGUACACCGGAACCAAAAAGAAAAUUCCCGAGCAUGAAGUUUGCCAGAAGGAUGCAUUGGAAAAACUCUUAGAAAAGCUGAAGAUUUCCGGUAAGAACGUUGAAAAUCCCAACGAGACCGUAAUUAAAACUAUUCUUUCUAAACUCCUGAAAGAGCAAAUGCCGAAAAGUGCAGGAGACAACAUCGCUGUGCUGACGAAAGAACAACUUGCCGCACGACAGGCUGGUUCGCAACAGUUACCAAUUUUCAGGGGCGAGCCUGAAAUUUGGCCGAUUUUUAUUAGCACCUUCGAGAACACGACUCGAGCGUGCGGAUUUUCCGAUUUGGACAAUCUGAAACGCCUGCAAGAUAGUUUACGUGGUGAAGCACUCGAGGCCGUCAGGUCCCGAUUAGUUCUCCCCGAAUCGGUGACAGAUGUUAUCGAAGAUCUUCGAACUUUAUUUGGGAAACCAGAAAGGUUGCUACGAAUGUUACUGGCCAAAGUACGUCAUGCUCCGUCGCCACGAAUCGAUCGUAUGGAAUCUUUCAUACAUUUUGGCAUCACUAUUAAGCAACUCUGCGAUCAUCUGGAAGCCGCCAAACUGGACGAACAUCUGAACAAUCCAAUGUUAGUCCAGGAACUGAUCGAGAAACUUCCGAAAGAUUACCAGCUACAAUGGGUGAGGUAUAAACGAGUUCAGGUCGGAGCGCCUCUCAGAAUUUUAACGGAUUUCAUGAAUUCCAUUGUUGAAGAUGUCUCCGAGAUAACAGAAUUUUCAAAUAAGAGCAGAGAAAAUUCCUUAUCCAGCAAGUGGAAGAAAAAGGAAUUUUCACACGUGCACAACAUAGUUCCCAACCAGAUAUCAGCUGCUCAAGGACAAAAACCUCCAAAACCUUGCGUCUGUUGUGGCAGGACAGACCAUAAGCUACGAUUUUGCGAGGAUUUCAAAAAGCUGCCCAUUAUCGAACGACUGGGUAUGGUUCGCAGAUUAAAACUGUGCGAGCUAUGCCUGAACAGCCACGGAAAGAGUAGGUGCAAUUUUAAGGCACGGUGCAAUAUCGAUGGAUGUAAGGGAAAUCAUCACUACCUUCUGCAUAGAAACGAAGAAUCCGUUCAGCUGACAAAUGCAGAGUGUUACGCUCACAACCGACCCACACGAUCGGUUAUUUUUCGGAUGGUUCCCGUCACCUUGUACGUGGGAGAACAGAAAGUGAACACUCUAGCCUUUUUGGACGAAGGCUCUUCUGCUACGCUCAUCGAUGAAUCACUUGCUGAUGAACUUCAAGCUCUUGGUGUAAAUGAACCGUUUGUCGUUUCCUGGACCGGCAACGUGAAACGGUAUGAGGAUCGCUCUCGCAAAUUUGAUCUUUCUCUCUCGGCACGAGGAUCAUCUGAAAAAUUGAAACUGGUCGGAGUACGCACUGUCCCGGACUUACAAUUGCCACAGCAGCAUGUUCGGUUUGACCAAGUAGCAGAGAAAUUUGCACAUUUGCGGAAUUUGCCAGUGGCAGAUCACAGCUUUGAGGAGCCAUGCAUAAUGAUCGGGUUAGACAACAUACAUGUUUUUGCCCCUAUCGAAUCGAGAGUCGGUCAACCUGGCGAACCGAUCGGUGUCAAAUCCAAAUUGGGUUGGACAGUAUACGGACCAACCAAAUUCAAUUCUACCACCGAAGCUCAAUUUAACUACCAUGAUGUCGUCGAUAAGCAUGAAAUGGAAAACGAUAAGCUACAUGAGUUGUUGCGCACACAGUAUAUUCUAGAAGAAUCCGGUAUCAACCCAUUUCCUGAUUCUGCCGAAAACUUGCGCGCAAUUAGCAUUUUAGAAUCCACUGCUGAGUUUUUGGGAGAUCGUUAUCAGGUUGGAUUGCUAUGGAAAAAAGACAGCCGAGCCUUUCCCGAUAGCUACCCGAUGGCUAUUCGUCGGGAAGCAGCGUUUGAGAAAAAGUUAUCAAAGAACCCAGACAUGGAGAAGAAUGUUCGGCGCCAGAUACAGGAGUACAAGGAGAAAGGAUAUGCGCACAUCGCGACUGAGGAGGAACUUAAAAACAGCGACCCAUCCCAAGUGUGGUAUCUUCCACUAAACGUCGCUCUCAACCCACGCAAGCCUUCUAAGGUUCGACUUGUGUGGGAUGCAGCAGCAUCUGUGAACGGAAAAUCGUUGAAUUCGGAACUUUUAGCUGGGCCGGAUUUGCUUGCCUCGUUGCCGGGAAUAAUAAGCCGUUUCCGUGAAAAGCCUGUAGCAUUCGGAGGAGACAUAGCCGAGAUGUACCAUCAACUGAGAAUCCGACCCCAAGAUAGGCAGGUACAGCGAUUUUUAUUUCGUGAAGAUCCAUCGAAACCACCUCAGGUGUUCGUCAUGGACGUGGCCACUUUUGGGGCUACAUGCUCCCCAUGUUCUGCGCAUUUCAUAAAAAACUUAAAUGCCAGAAAGUUUGCCGAUAAAUUUCCCAGAGCGUCCGAAGCUAUCUUGGAACAACAUUAUGUGGACGAUUAUUAUGAUAGCACUGAUACCGUCGAGGAAGCUAUAAAUCUUACCGUGCAAGUGAAAGCUAUACAUGAGCAUGGAGGAUUUGUAAUCCGUAAUUUUGUGUCCAAUUGCCGAGAGUAUCUAGAGCGAAUUGAAUAUCCCAGUGCAAUUUCGAAUAUUCACUUCCGUGCCGAUAAGCUCAACGAAACGGAACGAGUGCUAGGUGUCGUUUGGGAUCCUGAUGAAGACGUCUUCAGUUUUUCCACUGUCAGUAAACCUGAACUGAAUCCAACGAUCCUUGAGGAUAAACGACCAUCCAAAAGGCUCAUUCUCAGCUGCGUGAUGUCAAUGUUUGACCCGUUGGGAUUGAUAUCGCCACUCACGAUUCAUGGUAAGCUGCUAGUACAAAAUUUGUGGAGAACAGGAUGUACGUGGGACGAUCCAAUCGACGACGAUUCCUUCCAAAAAUGGGGGCGAUGGAAAAGGUUGCUGUCCGAGGUGAGUGCUUUAAAAAUUCCUCGUUGUUAUUUUGGCAAUGCACUUUCGACGCAGUGCAAGGAUGUCGAGUUGCAUGUGUUUUCCGAUGCUAGCGAAAGUGCGUACGGCUGUGCUGCUUUCUUUCGAGCUAAAGUAAAUGGUGAAGUUCGCUGUUCGUUGUUGAUGAGCCGCUCUAAAGUAGCUCCUUUGAAACAACUUUCGAUACCCCGUCUCGAGCUGUUGGGUGCUGUCGUUGGUGCACGAGUUGCUGAAACGGUGCAGGCAAAUCAUCGCUUCAAAAUAGUCAAACGCUACUUCUGGACGGACUCACUGACGGUUCUGUCGUGGAUACGCUCUGACCAGAGAAAGUACAAUCAAUUUAUCGGAUUUCGCAUUGGGGAAAUAUUGAAUACGACUAAACUUGUAGAGUGGAGAUGGGUUCCGACCAGGUACAACGUCGCAGAUUUACUAACAAAGUGGAAAUCAAAUUUUGAUUAUUUAAACCCGAAUAGUUCGUGGUUUCGAGGUCCGUCUUUCUUGUAUCUGAAUGAAGAAGCUUGGCCUGAACAAAAAUUCCCUCAACCCAACAUUAAAGAAGAGAUGAGAGCACAAUUCCUACUGCACGACGUGCAUGUACCUGCCUCGAUAAUUGAUGUCACGAGAAUUUCAAAAUGGUCUGUUUUGGUACGAACGAUGGCAAGUGUACUAAGAUUUAUCUCCAACUGCAAACGGAAAUGCAAAAAAUUGUGCAUCGAAACAUUAACAGCAACCGAAAGACAAGUGAAGUUAAUCAUCCCGAAUGUCGUAAGUUCUGAACUGACUCCCCUACGUAAAGAAGAACUUCAGCAAGCAGAAACAUUUCUUUUUAAAUUCUCCCAGGGAGACAUGUUCCCCGAUGAUCUUCGUGUCCUGACGAAAAAUUCGAAUUUGCCCCCGGAAAAGUGGUCAACGCUUGACAAGUCAAGUUUCCUUUUUAAACUCACACCAAUGCUAGAUGAAAGUGGUUUGAUUCGGGUUGAGGGACGUACGGAAAAUGCAGAUAUGCUCCCAUUUGAUUUGAGAUUUCCCAUUAUUUUGCCGAAAGGUCAUCCGGUAACAUUGAAAAUUAUCCAAAGUUUCCACGAAAAGUUUGGUCAUGCGUAUCGCGACACUGUUAAAAACGAAUUGCGUCAACGUUUCUGUAUUCAGCACAUUGGAUCCGAAAUCAAGAAAGUAUCAGCGAAUUGCAAUUGGUGCAAGGUGCACCGAAACCGUCCUGUAACACCAAGAAUGGCCCCACUUCCUAUUCAACGAGUUACUCCAUUUCUUCGCCCGUUUAGUUACGUAGGAGUUGAUUACCUGGGCCCGAUUACAGUUACUGUUGGAAGAAGAAGCGAAAAACGAUGGAUUUGCCUCUUUACUUGCAUGGUUGUGAGAGCCAUACAUCUUGAAGUUGCCCACACUUUAAACACCGAAUCCUGCCUGAUGGCCAUCCGGCGAUUUAUCGGACGCAGGGGUCCGCCGCUGGAAUUCUUAUCCGACAACGGCACGAACUUCAAAGGCGCCAGUCGGGAGCUUAAAAAUGAACUUCAUUCGAUCAACCUAGAUUGCGCCAAUGCGAUAACCACAGCACAAACAGGAUGGCGUUUUAACCCCCCAGCUACGCCCCAUAUGGGCGGAGCGUGGGAAAGAUUAGUUCGUUCCGUCAAAGAUGCCCUUUUCGUAUUAGACGACGGAAAAAAGCUAACCGACGAGAUUUUGGUAACCUCGAUUGUAGAAGCCGAAGACAUGAUAAACAGUCGUCCACUGACUAGUGUCUCGUCAGAUAUCGCUGAAGAACUCUCACUCAGUCCGAACCACUUUCUCCGGGGCGCAUCUCCAAACGAGUCAGGCACGAUUCCACACUUUCCUCACGAAGCCGAAACACUUCGAAAUUCAUUCCAGCGAACACAACUGUUGGCUUACAAUAUGUGGAAGCGAUGGAUAAAGGAAUAUGUCCCAACUUUAAAUCAACGUACAAAAUGGUUUGGCGAAUCGGAUCCAUUGAAAGUUGGUGACUUGGUUUACGUCGUCGACGGUGGCAAUCGGAAACUUUGGAUUCGCGGAAUAGUGGAUGAAUUGAUCAUGGCCGGUGAUGGAAGGAUUCGUCAAGCAUGGGUGAAAACCAACAGCGGAAGGUUGAAGCGCGGAACGGCGAAGCUGGCAGUUCUGGAGAUAAGUGGAUGUAAAGCCGAUCAACCGGAAGUUGCUUCCGGAGUCGGUUUACGGGUCGGAGAUUUGUUGGGAACCGCCGAGCAGCUAACACCUAUCGAAUAA